AUGGAUGAGAAGCACAACAACCCGCUGGCUCGGGAACUCAGCAACGCUGACGCCGACUAUGACACGCAGAAAGGACCUGCCGUCAAGGAAGCCGUUGUCGCCUCGGUGGCUCUGGCCGCUGCACACAAUGCCAACAAGCCGUCUCUACUGUCGGCGAACAUGCUGAAGCUCUACUUCAUCCUCGGCAUUGGCUACCUUGUCUCUACCAUGAACGGCUUCGACAGCUCGUUGAUGGGGUCGAUCAACGCCAUGCCCAGCUAUCAAAGGAGCUUCGGCCUAACCGGUGCCGGUAGCUCGACCGGUAUCAUCUUUAUCAUCUACAACUGUGGUCAAAUCGCUGCCUUCCCGUUUUGCGGCUUCUUUGCGGAUGGGUACGGUCGCCGUGUCUGCAUUUUCGCCGGCUGUGUUCUUGUCCUAGUCGGUACUGCAAUUCAGGCGUCAGCCCACGGCAUGGGUCAAUUCAUCGCCGGACGUUUCCUACUUGGCUUCGGUGCUUCUAUUGCCAGCGCCGCUGGUCCCGCGUACACUGUGGAGCUCAGCCAUCCAGCAUAUCGUGGUGUCAUGGCCGGCAUGUACAACAACUUCUGGUGGCUCGGGAAUAUCUUGGCUGGAUGGGCAACAUACGGUACAAAUGCUCACCUGUCUGGUUCUUCGUGGGCAUGGAGGACCCCGACUAUCGUGCAGUGCGGUAUGCCGGCCGUCGCAAUGGCCCUGAUCAUGUUCUUCCCUGAGUCGCCACGAUGGCUCAUCAUGAAGGACCGUCGAGAGGAAGCCACAGCCAUCCUCGCGAAGUACCAUGCUGAUGGCGAUGAAAACGCUCCUAUCGUUACGCUGCAGGUCAAUGAGAUUGUGGAAGAUCUGUCUGCUACUCAAAGCGAGAACCCAUGGUGGGACUUCAAGGAGCUCGUCAACACACGUCCCGCUCGAUACCGUCUACUCAUGGUCAUUCUCAUGUCGUUCUUCGGUCAGUGGAGCGGGAACAAUGUCGUCAGCUACUUCAUGCCGGAGAUGGUCAAACAGGCUGGUAUCACCAGCACUUCUACCCAGCUACUCAUCAACGCCAUCAACCCAAUCUUCUCCAUGGCUGCUGCCGUGUACGGUGCGACAUUACUUGACAGACUCGGCAGACGCAAGAUGCUCAUGUGGGGAUUGACGGGAGGACUCGUCGCUUACAUCUUGCUCACUGCUUUCACCGCCGCUUCCGAGACAAACAAGAAUUUGUCGUAUGGCACGAUCGUUAGCAUCUACUUGUUUGGCAUAUUUUUCGCUUUUGGCUGGACGCCACUGCAGACCCUCUACGCAGUCGAGUGUCUGGAGAACAGGACUCGCGCGAAGGGCAGUGGUCUUAACUUCUUGUUCCUGAACGUCGCCAUGGUCGUUAAUACGUACGGCAUCAGCGUAGGAAUUGAGAAGAUUGGUUGGAAGCUAUACCUCGUAUACAUCGUGUGGAUUGUUGUUGAGCUGGUCACGAUCUACUUCUUCUUCGUCGAGACUGCCGGCAAGACGCUCGAGGAGUUAUCAGGUAUCUUCCAGGCGAAGAAUCCUCGCAAAGAGUCCACCCGCAGAACCAAGGUCGGGUUGGACGCGGAGGGACACGUGGUUCAUGUUGACUGA